GGUCACUUAACUUAUCUAUAAAAUUCUAGAAACUUUUAGUACUGAUAUGAAAGCCUUCGUGUUGUUAAAAAUUUUUAUCUAACAAUAUAUUUAUUUAGUGCAGUUAAGUGUAUUGUGAAUCUAGGUUAAUAUAACAUAUAACUAUGUUUAAUGUUCAAGUUGUAAUUAAGUAGCGACCGUUGCUUAUCGAUAUAAAAUUGAAACAUUGAGUCAUGAACGAUAUACAGAAAUGGAGUCCUUGCCUAAGCAAUUUGUUACUGCUAUGCGAACACUUUUUGAUAUAAUGGACGAUAAACAUACGGGUUGUGUAAAACUUACGGAUAUUGAAAAUCGUUGGCGCGACGAUCGUACUAAAGGUUUACCCCGUGGUGUUAUUGAAAGUUUACAAAAGGUAGCUUCACAUGAUGGUUUAUUAACAUUCGAAUCAUUCUGCACUGGUCUAAAAAUAUGUUUAUUACGAAACCAAGUUCAAAACGCUACCAAAAAGGUAAGUAGUAUGGAAGAAAUAGAAAAUUCAGUAAUGCAUUCGCAAGUAAGUGCCCAAGUACACCGUCCACCCUCUGCGCCGUUACUAGACAUUAAUAGUACACAAAAUCGAGAUAGAAACUGGAUACCAAGAAAUCCAGAAACAUCGACACACGGUCAACAUAGAACGCAAAGUAUGCCCCAAUUGAUUGAAGAUAAGGAUAACCCAUUACCAGAUUUAAUGCACAACGUAGGUACAGCGAUGCCUAAGCAGGAUAUUACCCAACGGAUGUAUGGUCCUCCGAAACCACCGAGGCUGGAAAAGAAUCAACUAGACAGAAAAGAAAGCGUAAGAUCUAACUUCAAGACGGAUGAUAUGCCUUUUGAAAGAGACGAUUUAGAAAACAAAUUGGAAUUCGAUAUGUCUCGGGUUGUCGAUGAACAAAAUAGGGAAGAUCGAGGGUUAGGCGACGGACGGUCAGCAAACGAAACUCAACUUCAUAUGCGUCGUGUCGCUCGUCGCAGGGAGCCUCGUAGGCAUACUUUGCAGAAUGGCGUCGACUACAAUCUUUUAAAAAGAAUGAAGCAAAUCGAGCAAGAAAAGGAUGUAUUACUGCAGGGUCUGUCGGCAGUCGAGGAAGCGCGCGAAUGGUACUUGAAGCAAUUGGCAGAGGUUCAAGAUAAAAUGCGCUAUGCAGGACGUAUGGGGACAUACGUGGAACCUUGGAACGAAGCGCAUCAGGAACGAUUGGAACUGUUGAAAGCGCGAGUUUUAGAGCUGAACCGGCAGCUGGGCGCGUUGGCCGCGGGGUGGCGGCACGGACCGCUCUCUUUGCACAUGAACCUUGCACUGCCUACAAGCCUGCAAAACUCGCCUCCUACUACACCAAAUAAUGCGGCGGUCCUCAGAUCUCAGAACCGCAUGCUAGCUGAGGAAGUGAAUCGCAAAAAUGAACGAAUAUCAGUAUUGGAACGAGAAAAAUCUGCACUUAUCAGAGAGUUACUGGUGCAAAGAAACAGAACAAAAAUUAUCGAUAACUAUAACUAACGUCUUUUAUAAUCAAUGUAAUAUAUUUGAGUGUCAUACUAAAUAAGUUAAAAAUAUUUUUGUAACAAUUAGUGCCAUUACAGAUAACUUUGGGGGUA